GAUUUUAGGGACCCAAAAAGAGCUUGAGUAACACUAACACGCAACAAGCCCAUGGAGUCAGCGAGAUGGAGUAGUCUUCUCUCCCUUUCUCAUUCUCCUUCGCAUUCACGCACUCCCUCCCUUUACAAAUUUAUGGCCUUUUCAACUCUUCACACCUUCACACCCCCUUCUCUUUCUUUUUCUUCUUCUUCUCUCCAUUUCUUCCCCUUCCAACCCACACCCUCUUCUCUCUCUUCAAAACCGACCACUGCAAUCUUCAACCCUCGCCUUCCUCGCAACAUGCACGCCACGCACAGUCUCCGAGACGCCGUAGGAGGAGCAAUGGCCCUCGUCCAAUCAUCACCCGCCACGUGGCAAUCCGCUCUGCUCAGCAACGUGUUGAUCUUCCUGUUGGGUUCUCCCAUUUUGGUCACUGGUUUGUCUCUCUCUGGUAUCGUUGCCGCUUUUCUGCUCGGAACACUCACUUGGCGUGCUUUUGGUUCUUCUGGGUUCCUCCUUGUUGCCACUUACUUCAUCAUUGGUACGGCUGCAACAAAGGUGAAAAUGGCACAGAAAGUGGCCCAAGGGGUUGCUGAGAAAAGAAGAGGAAGAAGGGGUCCAGGCAGUGUUAUUGGAUCCAGUGCUGCUGGUUGUGUUUGUGCUUUCCUCACUAUUUUUGGUGUUGGGGGAGAGACAUUUUCUCAGCUUUGGAGACUUGGGUUUGUUGCCAGUUUCUGUACCAAGUUGAGUGACACAGUCUCAAGUGAGAUAGGGAAGGCAUAUGGAAAAACAACGUACCUAGUUACAACACUCAAGGUAGUUCCAAGAGGCACAGAAGGAGCAGUUAGUGUUGAAGGAACCUUGGCUGGAAUUUUAGCUUCCAUCGUUCUUGCAUUUGUUGGUUUUCUCAUUGGUGAGGUUAGUUCACAUGAAGCAAUUAUAUGUGUACUAGCUUCCCAGAUUGCUAAUCUUGGUGAGAGCAUAAUUGGUGCUGCACUUCAAGAGAAGGAAGGAUUUAAAUGGCUUAAUAAUGAUGCUGUCAAUAUCAUCAACAUAUCAAUGGGGAGUAUCAUAGCAGUCUUAAUGCAGCAAGCACUCCAGAUCUGGCAUUCCUAAAUUUGCCACAUGAUUUUCAAGGAGCUCAAUCAUCUGACAUAUUGGCCAUCUUCAUAAGGGUUUAUCUAGAACACUGGUGGUAUUGAGCAUUGAAUCUGUAUUGAUAACAAAAUUAUUCGUUUAUUUGCCGUUGAAAAUCGACUUUUGGAUAUUAUACUCCUGAACGUUCAAGUGCCUUAUGUGAAGCAGCCUCUCCUGCCACAAGCCUAUAGCCGUGAUUCAUCUACAAGUUACUGUGGAUGGAAGCCCGUCUCUCUGAUCGUACUCAAGCAUGUAGGUUGUUACAAAGUUUAAUAGGAGUGGCAAUUGAAACAACAAAACUCAAUACCUGUAGCCAUAAAACUCAAUAACCUGUAGCAAUGAUUCAAGUUCCUUGUAUCAAAAGCAGUGGUUCUUUCAAAAUGUAGAUUUGAUUUUCCUGUUCUUCUUGUCAAGAAAUUAAAUAGUUUCUCCAACCAAUUUCUAU